CCCGCUGGCGCUCCUUCCGCCUCUUCACCUGCCCCGAAUCCUGGGGACCUGACGGAGCGUAGCUUUUUGCGUUGCGGAAGACGGGAGCGGGUGGGAAGAGGGGAGAUCCGUUCCCGUAGCUUAACCAGAACCGGGACCAGGAAUUACCUUCAAGCCAGUUGGUGCAACAUUUGGCAGAAAUAAGGAAGGCAGAUAUCUUCAUUAUUCUUCAGCAUGGAUAAACAUUCAGUGGAAGGAAUAGAAUUGACCAAACAGACUCUUGCUUUAUUAGGGAGUUCAGCCAUGGCUGUUACACUCUUGGACAUGGACUCAUUUGGUGAUCCAGGUAGUCCUUUAGUCAGUACAUCUAGAAGCACAACAGUGGAAGACGAUGAUGUUGUAUUUAUUGAAUCAGUACAGCCUCCUGUUUCUGCUCCAGCAGUAGCUGAUGAAAGAAACUUUGUAUUUACAUCAUCAAAACAUGAAAAGCCACAAGGAAAUUAUUCCAUAGUUCUUCCCUCUUCAAAAGAUUUGGCUUCUCAGAAGGGAAAUAUAUGUGAAACAAUUGUUAUAGAUGAUGAGGAGGAUACAGAAAAUGGAGGGGAGGAGAAGAAUUCUGCCAGUUUUACUGAGUGGGCACCUCUUGGAAAUAAAAAUAAUCUCAAAGAUUUGGAUUUCUCCACUUCAAGUCUUUCAAGAAGUAAGACCAAGACUGGAGUAGGACCUUUUAUUCCUGGUAGGAUCAUUGUGGCAGAUGUACUUCAAAAUGGGAGAUUUGCAACUCAGCAUAAUCCUGAUUCUUGGAUCUCUCAGUCAGCAGUAUUUCCCCGUAAUCAGGAACAGCCAGGGAUGGAUUCUUCAUCAACAGUGACCUCACUUUCUAAACAGAAUUUCCAACCUUCUGCCCAACAUCUUAUUAAACCAGCUAAAAUCAUUUGUGCAAACUGCAAGAAUCCUUUAAAGAAGGGACAGACAGCUUAUCAACGAAAAGGAUCAGAUCACCUCUUUUGCUGUACCACCUGCCUUUCUUCUUUCUCUUAUAAACCUACUCGAAAGACACGGAAUGUAACCUGCAAAAAAGGUGCACCUACAAAGAAAGCUACUGCUCCUCCAGUGGAAUCAAGAAAAUCCUUACAAGAAAUUUGUGAUGUAUCUUUAUCUUCCUAUGAAGACAACCAGAAUCUUAGAAAAGAAAUUUUUAACAAGUCAAGAUGUACAAUCUGCAAUAAAGUUGGAGAGAUUCGCCAUGAAGUCAGUGUUAAUAAUAUAACACAUAAACUGUGUAGUAACCAUUGCUUUGAUGAGUACAGAUUGACCAAUGGUCUGAUAAUGAACUGCUGUGAACAUUGUGGAGAAUACAUGCCCAGUAAGAAUACUGGAAAGAAUAUCCUGAUUGAAGGUCAACAGAAGAGAUUUUGCUGUCAAAAUUGUGUCAAUGAGUAUAAAAAGAUGAUGGAAGGAAAAUCAAAAACAUCAGUAUUAGAAAAUAGAAAAAGGAAUGCUGUCAGAGAAGAAAAUGAAAGAAAACUAUGUGGGUUAUCAAGUAUACUUUCAGAAAAAAUAGAAAUACCAGAAAAGAAAGAAAAAACCUCAGAGGUAGAAGUUGCAGCACAGGAUAACCCAGAUACAGUAUCGAACUUGAAGAAUGAAAAUUUACUUACUUCUGUGUCAGCCAUAGCUGGUAAGUUUCAAGAGAAACGGGAAGACAAAAAUUCUGAAGACUCCGGUAUGUCAGUUGUGCUUUCUUUAGAUCCAGGUACUUGGCCCCGAAUUUUGAAUAUUAAACAACGGGAUUCUCUUAUUGAAAAUGAUCCACCUCAAAUAAGAAAUUUUAACUUUCCAAAAGACAAUACAGGAAGAAGAUUUUCAGAAACUUACUAUACACGAAUCCUUCCAAGUGGUGAAAAGUCUACUAGAUCCUGGUUACUUUACUCAGCCUCAAAAGAUUCUGUGUUUUGCCUAUAUUGCAAACUCUUUGGGGAAGGGAAAAAUCAACUGAAAAAUGAGAAUGGAUGCAAAGAUUGGCAGCAUUUGUCACAUAUUCUUAGUAAACACGAAGAAAGUGAAAUGCAUAUUACCAAUAGUGUUAAGUAUUCAAAAUUAAAAUCUGAUUUGAAAAAUAAUAAAAUUGAUGAAACUGUCGAACACAGAUUAUAUGAAGAUGAUGGAGUGCUGCUAUUUUACACAUAAUGUCUUAAUUUUCUUUUUCACAUGACAACGUCUUUACAUUGUUCAGAAAAGAUUUGUGCCAUAAGCCAUUAUGUUGUGAGAGAGUACCUUAAAGCAGUUAUUUAUCAAUAAAUCUAAUAGAAAAUACAUAGUAAAGAAUGUUCCUGCCAGACGUGGUAGUGCACACCUUUAGUCCCAGCACUCAGGAGGCAGAGGUAGGAGGGUUGCCCUGAGUUCAAAGCCAUCCUGGGCUAGAGCAAAACCCUACCUUAACCAAAACAAAACAAAACAAAAAAAAAAAAGUUCCUAUUCCAAACCUAAAAGUAAUUGAAGUCAG